AUGUGGUGGUUUUUGAGCCCCAAAGCAUGUCAGGAGCAUAAGAUCCUCUUCAGUGGAGAUGUCGUGUACGAUGGAUCCAUGAUCGACUGGCUUCCCUACAGCAAAAUAAGUGACUAUGUCGCAACCUGCCAGCGUCUCCUAGAGUUGGUGGACAAAGGUCUGGUGGAGAAGGUGCUACCUGGGCAUUUUAACACCUUUGGAGCAGAAAGGUUAUAUCACUUAGCUUCCAAUUACAUCUCACAAGCUGGAGUUUGCCACAGAGUUUCUACUUGUGCCAUGAGAUCCAUUGCAAGCAUAGCACUUCGUGUUACAAAUUCUAGAAGCGCCUCUUAGUAAUAGUGCUUUUGGUGUGAGGUACUCCCUGAUGGAAAAACCAAAUGGCUUGUGAAAG